AUGAAAGAUUAUACAAUUACAGUUCUUGGAGCUGGUGUUAUGGGUACAGCUGUUGUAUCCGCCAUAUUAAAACAAAAAUUCGAUCCAUACCCCAAAAAAAUCAUUCUUUGUAAUGAAGAACCAAGACCAGAAUUAGAAAAGCAAUACCAAGAUGAACAAAUUAUUGCACAUUCAUCUGGAAAAGAUAAUGUUAAAGCUGUGAAAGAAGCUGAUGUUAUUAUAUUAGGCUUAAAACCUUUUAUGUAUCAACAAGUUUAUGAUGAAGUUAAAGAGGCUUUAAGUGGUGAUCAACUUAUAAUUUCAUUAAUGGCUGGUGUAACUAUAAAAGAAUUAUCAAUUUUUUCAAAAAAUAUUGCCAAAGUAAUGACAAAUACUCCUGCAAGAUACGGAUGUGGUACAGCUGCUAUAUCUUUUUCACCUGAUGUUUCAAAAGAACAACAAGAACUUGUCCAAAAAUUGAUUGGUCCAAUUGGAACAACAGUACUUAUACCUGAAAAAAAUAUGGAUAUUGCAACUUCAUUAAUUGGUUCAGGUCCUGCAUUUUGCUUGUUGAUGAUGGAAUCAAUGAUUGAUGGAGCUGUUAGAAUGGGUAUGCCUUUUGAUGUUGCAAGGAUUUCAGCUGCUAAAGUAAUGGAAGGUACUGCUAAAAUGUUAUUAGAAACUGGCGAUCAUCCUGCUGCUUUGAAAAGUAAAGUUUGUACACCAGGUGGUACAACAAUUGGUGGGUUAUUAAAAAUGGAAGAUGGUGCAUUAAGAAGUACAAUUGCAAGAGGUAUUGAAGAAGCUGCUAAUAUAUCAGCAUCUUUUGCCAAAAAAUAG